GCCACACUGAGGAGCCCGCGGCGGCGGCCGCACUCGCACGGAGGAGCCGGCGGCGGAGCGAGGCUGCGCGCGCCGAAGAUGGCUGAGAAGCAGAAGCACGACGGGCGGGUGAAGAUCGGACACUACGUGCUGGGUGACACGCUGGGCGUCGGCACCUUCGGCAAAGUGAAGAUUGGAGAACAUCAAUUGACAGGCCAUAAAGUGGCAGUUAAAAUCUUAAAUAGACAGAAGAUUCGCAGUUUAGAUGUUGUUGGAAAAAUAAAACGAGAAAUUCAAAAUCUAAAACUCUUUCGCCAUCCUCAUAUUAUCAAACUAUACCAGGUGAUCAGCACUCCAACAGAUUUUUUUAUGGUAAUGGAAUAUGUGUCUGGCGGUGAAUUAUUUGACUACAUCUGUAAACAUGGACGGGUUGAAGAGGUGGAAGCAAGGCGCCUCUUUCAGCAGAUUCUGUCAGCUGUGGAUUACUGUCAUAGGCAUAUGGUAGUUCAUCGAGACCUGAAACCAGAGAAUGUGCUGUUGGAUGCUCACAUGAAUGCCAAGAUAGCGGAUUUUGGAUUGUCUAAUAUGAUGUCGGAUGGUGAGUUUCUGCGAACUAGUUGUGGAUCUCCCAAUUAUGCAGCACCUGAAGUCAUCUCAGGCAGAUUGUAUGCAGGUCCUGAAGUUGAUAUCUGGAGCUGUGGUGUUAUCUUGUAUGCUCUCCUUUGUGGCACCCUCCCAUUUGACGAUGAGCAUGUACCUACGUUAUUUAAGAAGAUCCGAGGGGGUGUUUUUUAUAUCCCAGAAUAUCUCAAUCGUUCUGUUGCCACUCUGUUGAUGCAUAUGCUGCAGGUUGACCCCCUGAAACGGGCAACUAUCAAAGAUAUAAGAGAGCAUGAAUGGUUUAAACAAGAUUUGCCCAGUUACUUAUUUCCUGAAGACCCCUCCUAUGAUGCUAACGUCAUUGAUGAUGAGGCUGUGAAAGAAGUGUGUGAAAAAUUUGAGUGUACAGAAUCAGAAGUAAUGAACAGUUUAUAUAGUGGUGACCCUCAAGACCAGCUUGCAGUGGCUUAUCAUCUUAUCAUUGACAAUCGGAGAAUAAUGAACCAAGCCAGUGAGUUCUACCUCGCCUCUAGUCCCCCAACUGGUUCUUUUAUGGAUGAUAGUGCCAUGCAUAUUCCCCCAGGCCUGAAGCCUCAUCCAGAAAGGAUGCCACCUCUUAUAGCAGACAGCCCUAAAGCAAGAUGUCCAUUGGAUGCGCUGAAUACAACUAAGCCCAAAUCUUUAGCUGUGAAAAAAGCCAAGUGGCAUCUUGGAAUCAGAAGUCAAAGCAAACCAUAUGACAUUAUGGCCGAAGUCUACCGAGCUAUGAAGCAGCUGGAUUUUGAAUGGAAGGUAGUGAAUGCAUACCAUCUUCGUGUAAGAAGGAAAAAUCCAGUGACUGGCAAUUAUGUGAAAAUGAGCUUACAACUUUACCUGGUUGACAACAGAAGCUAUCUUUUGGACUUUAAAAGCAUUGAUGAUGAGGUGGUGGAGCAGAGGUCUGGUUCGUCAACACCUCAGCGUUCCUGUUCCGCUGCUGGCUUACACAGACCCAGAUCAAGUUUUGAUUCUGUAACAGCAGAGAGUCAUUCACUCUCUGGCUCUCUUACUGGCUCCUUGACAGGAAGCACACUGUCUUCUGUUUCACCUCGCCUAGGCAGUCACACCAUGGAUUUUUUUGAAAUGUGUGCUAGUCUGAUCACUACUUUGGCCCGUUGAUGAUGUUUCUCUAGUUUGUCUUUGUUAUUGCACUGUGAAAAUCAGAUAUAUUCUUAAAAUCAUUAUUUUACUUAUGGGUAUCACAUCCUCUGGAAUACUGAUUGAGAGUCAUGAAUAUUUCCAGGGGACACUCAAUGCCAUUGACAUUACUGAAAACAAAAAACGUCUGAUAUUUUAUUUACCUGUAGACAUCUGUAAUUCUGUUUUGCCUAUGAUGAAUUCAUAGGCAGUAUCUUUAGUAGGUGAAUGUCGGUGAAGAUUGUUAAUUUAAAAUUGUGAGUUCACUACAGAUGAUUAAUGCACCUUCACCAAGGAUAGUUUGGCAACACCUCUUUGCUCUACUAUUUAAUGUAGGUAAAUCCAGUUUACUUCCUAAAAAGUGAAGCAGGCUUUAAGUUGUGUUGAUGCAUCCCGUUCUCUUGCACAAGAAGAUUAAAAAAAAUAAUACGGCCAUUAGUAAGUUAGUAUUUAAAUGUUGAAAUCUUAAAGGCUUGUCCCCCAAAUUUCAGAAGCCAAGUUCUUCUAGUAGCUUUAGUGUUUGCAGAUACUGCCUAUUGUUUAACAGAAGGGCUGUGGUCCUGAAACAGGUAACUGGUUUUUCCAGGUUCCUUAAAAACAGCUAUAAUCAGCUACUGGCUGGGAGAUUUCCUUGAAUAAUUAUCUUAAGAGCCUUCAGUGUUCUACUCAGUAUUGGAACAUCCAGAAUGGCAGCAACUUUUGUGUUUUUCAUAAAUGUUAUAUCAUUUUUAGAAAAACCUUAACAUCAUUUUAAAACAUGCCUUCAAAAGUACCUUUCUCAAAUUAUUUUUGGCUCUAUUUAUUUUUGUAUUUCACUAAGCAUGAUAAAGUAGACAGUUAAAUGAAACAAAGCAAAAUAUCAACAGUCCCUUAAAAGAGAACUCUUAUCUUUGAUUUAAUGUAUGUGGUGGAGAGUUUUGUGUCUGUCCUGUUGUAUCCCACAAUGCUCAUUCUUCAUUUGAAGUUCAAAUUUGUCAUAGCAGCUGUUCCCCUCCCUAACCUUCCCACCACCAUUGUCUUCGUUGUUUGAUCCUUAGUGGCUGAUUGACUUAGCUUUUUUCUGGUUCCCUUUCUUUGUUCUCUAUCUUGGUUCUAGUCAUCCAGUUUGAAAACACUGUUCUGGCCCUAAGGGCUUUUGUGUACUUCCAAAGCUUAAUAGUCUCUGACCUUGACUGUUGAGGCUGUUUGGGUAGGGAAGCCUUAAACGUUUAAAAAAAAAAAAAAAAAAAAAAGCUCUCGAAUAAAUGUGUGUUGUUUACAUAUAUACAAAUAUGUAUUCACACACCAGUGCUUUUAAAGGAAAACCAGUUUCUUUGUUUUGCCUUGUGCAGGUUUUAUUUUUUAAAGUUUAAAAAGAAACCUAUCUAUAUACAGCACAGUAGAUAAUAAUAGCUCAUUGCUUAUAUUGUUUUAGUGAAACUAUUUAAUUUUUAAAUUAUGUGUAAUUUAUCUAAUUUGUAUUUAUCUAUUCAUUUAAUGUGUUGUAAUUAACACUCUCAUUCACCUGACUUACCCCAGAACAGAUUAAGCUCUUGAAAACCAAGUUUCUCUUUGCCAAAAAUGAUGUUUUCUACCAAGAAGCAAAUGAAAAUGUUAGGAUAAGUUCCUCUUGUGUUUAUGGAAGAUCAGCAAGUCUGUCUUUAAGUAGUUUUGAGUCAGGAGUUUGUAGUGUGUCACAUCAUAUUGGUUUAUAGGAGUUUUUUAAAAUGGUGUUAAGAACUUUUAAAUAUGACUUAAUAUUGAAAGGAAUCUGUUCACCAGUUUAGGAAAGAGGGGUGGGUUUACAUUAAACUGUUUUAAGUUUAAGCCUUUGAAAGACUGCCAUCUAGUGGCAUCAAAGGGUACUUUCUGUAGUUGUUUUUACAGGGAAAGCAGUCUGGCUGUGUAUUUGGCUUAGGGCAUCAUUUUGGCCUCUCUAAAUGUGUAAAUACCUCUUUUGGGAAAAACAGGGCCGCCUCAUAAUAUUUGCUUGACUAUGAAUGGGUGACCUUAGAAAUAAGGAGUUAAUCUGAGGAGUCCUAUCCCCAGGGACAAAAUCCCUAAUAAUUUUGAAGGUGGAAAAGCAGCAGCAAGGACUACAGUGGCAUUUUAGCUCUGUAAGUCAGAUAUUAAAAACUUACAUCAAAAUUAUUUUAUAUGGAUGUUUACCAUGUUUAUUGAGAAUUAAAAAUAUUUACUAUUUUCACACUCUGAUGGUUACCUGUUGAAUUUUAGGAGAACCAGGGUUGCAGUUUGGGUUGUUGUAUGCUUAAAUUUUAAAGUACAGCUACUCUGUGAAUCUAAAAGGUGUAGUAAAUUGCUUUGUAUAGAGAAGAUUGCAGGGGGCUCAGUCCAGCUUCUAUAAAAGGGGCUAGAACAUUGUCCUAGGAAGCUUUUGUUGCAAAUUAGAAGAGGGAAAGAAUCAGUUGCUAAAUUCCCACAUUUCAGUCUUGUAAGCUGGUUAACUGUAGCUGUGGUAUGUGGUAGUUAGAUCUGGGAUAGGAGGAAUUUCCAGUUAAGAUUCUGGAGGAGAGGGACGCCUGGGUGGCUCAGUCAGUUAAGCAUCUGACUUCAGCGCAGGUCAUGAUCUCACAGUUCAUGGGUUCAAGCCCUCGUCAGGCUCUAUGCUGACAGCUCAGAGCCUGGAGCCUGCUUUGGAUUCUGUGUCUCCCUCUCUCUCUGCCCCUCCCCCAAGUGCUCGCGCGCGCGCUCUCUCUCUCUCUCUCUCUCUCUCUCUCUCUCUCAAAAAUAAACAUUAAAAAAAAAAAGAUUCUGGAGGAGAGCUUCUACUAUUAGGUCAUAAAGACUUAGUCACAUCAUGGAAAUGGACUCCAUAAGUUCUACAAUAGCACUCCCAAACUGAUUCCCUUGAGGUGGUCUGCUGAAAAACGAGUCCAUUGAGCAAAUUUGGAAAAUGUUAUAUGCUCCUCUCUUGCUUGAGGAUGACAAGAGAUUAUGAACAUUAAAGACUCUGAAACGUCCUUCAGUGAAAAAAAAGAAAACCAUUUAACUUUAACCCUGCUUUGCCCAAAUUAACUAUAUUUUAAACUUAAUAUCCUUUGGGAAAAGGCAACUUGGGAAAAUACUUUGUCCCAGGUUGCUAUAAUUAGAGUAGUUAAGAAUAGAAUUAAGAUCUCUUUUCUCAUCAGUUGUUGGAGAGAAUAUGGUUCAAAAUCAGAAAAAUUUCAUUUUAACCUGUGGAUAAAUGCUGGACUACACAGAAUUGUGUGUGUGUGUGGGGGAUGUGUUUCAUAGCACCUUGAUCUUCUUAAAUCAGGUUGUGGUAACUGUUUGGGAGCAGAAUUUAUUCUGUGUUGUGUUGAGCUGAUAGCUAAAAAACCUUAAACAAGAUUACUUGUAAAAGAAAAGGCCUAAGAGACUAGUGACUAAAGGCCUAAGAGACUAGAGCUUAUGGCUCUGUGGGCGGUGAGUUCAAGACAUUGAUUCUCAAUUUCCAAAUGUGUAGUCAGUGAACAUUUUGUAAAUACUUUUAUAUAGCACAUCAUAUUUGGAUCUGAUUGCUGUUAUCUUUUGAUGUAGGAACCAGAUAACAUCUUGGAUUGAAUAGGGAGGUAGGCAAACUAUUUGAAGUUGGGUUUUUGUUUUGAACAACAGACUUUUGAGACACUUUUGUAACCUCAAGUGUUUGCGUUCCUUGAUAUUAGCCAAAUAUAAGAAGAAUAUAGGAGCCUAAAUUAAUCAGAAGUAAUGGUAUUUCUGUGUCAGGGAAUUGGCUGUAUGUAGUACAGACAAUUCUCCAUUUUCUGCAAAUAGGGUUCCCGUAAUAGUCACAUAAUUGUGGCUUGCUUUUUCUUAUUCUCUAGCCAGUUUGUACUCAGGGAACAUAAACUGGUUUUUUAUAGAUGAGACAUAACUGAGAAAAUAAUCAUAAAAAAAAGUUACAGGUUUUUUGACUGUUUGAAUUUGUUGCUUCUAAUGUGCAGUAUGCUCAGUUAAUAUAAGCACUGUAUCUUCCAUUUAUAAAGUAGAAAAGCUUAGAAUGUGCCUACCAUGGACACUGUAUCUUUGUCUAUUCACUGGUUAAGAAUUUAAAUCCUGGUAAUGGCUGUGAAAUCUCAAUAUCUAAAUGCUAAACAUCUUCACAGUUUUGUCCGUUUUCGUUUUUAAAGAACUCCACCUUUUCAUUCUGGCAUUUCGUUACCUGGUCAUUCUGUCACUCUGUGACUUUUUAAAUGGGGAAUGUAAUUUAUUUUAAUAAUUCUCAGAGGCUCUAUUAGAAACUCUGGCUGAGGGAUAUGUGCAAUGUUAGUAAGUCACACCUAUGUUGACCUCAGUUUGUAACCUCUAAAGUGGGAGGAAAAGACUAAAAGGCCUCUGAGGUACCUUUGAGCUUUAAAGUUCUGUCUUUGCCUUUUUUUUUAUGUGAUUUGUGUUAGUGUUCACUUUGUAUAUAUUUAGGGGUUUUAUAGUGUGAAUGUUCUGUAUUUGUUCCGUGAAUCAUUUUAAAGGUAAAUACUUGAAAAAAAAAUUAAUAUAACUGCCCUCUGGAAUACAAAUGGCAAAAAUCAUACAGAAAACCAAACACGCUAAAACAUCAUAUGCACUUAGCAUAAGCAAAAUAUGACUAAUUUGAAGUGUUGGAAGUGUUCCAAACAUUUUUACAGUGACUUUUAGAUCCCCAGACCAUAUCUAUUAACUUAUUUAGUACAUUACAGUAACCUUGCGAGGUAACCAUUUUCCAGAUGAGGAAGCAGGACCACAGAGCCCUUCAGAAAGCUUUAAUGCCAUACAUGUAUUCAGCGAUGAUCAUGGCUCUGUGUAUGCCACCUGCCUCCAGGGGAGACCCGGUGACUCACUGAAACAUCUGAGUAGCUGAGUAAUAAAGAUAAAUCAGAUAGAUUGCUUUCGAGUCUUAGAGUGACAUAAAAGAGUCUUAAUUGAAUAUUUCUUAGUUUAAUUAUUUGAACUGGUUGAUUGUACUAAAUUAUCUGAAGUAUUUAUGAUUAGCAUAUUGAUAUUUAAAAUACUAGAAAAACUUUUAGGCAUGAAUCAUUUUACUUAGAUAAUUCUAAGUAGCACAAUCUUUUAUAAAAAGGAAGACUGGCCCCAGCCCCUAACUUAUCAUAGUUUUUGACUGAUAUCUGAAUUGGGCUUCCCUAAAUUUCAUAUACAGAUUGAUAAUUUUUCAUUUUGUAUGUGUAUUUAGAUGAUUAUUUUCAUAGAGUAUAUUUCUAUUCACAGACUACCUAAUUAUGGGCUUGAUAGUCUCCCAGAUCUUACAGAACUUUAAAAUGUAAUUUGUUUGGUGAGCUUUCAAAAAGAUAUGUUCCUUAAACAAGUUGCUGGCGUCCUUACUAGCUCUUCCACAUAUAGUCGUGAUACAUUUGAUGCCACUGAACAGAAAUAGCACGAAUAAUAGCACUCACGGUCUAGACUGGCUUGCGUUUGAAUUGAACUUUUUCAGCCACGACCUGAUAAGAAUCGGGCCAGGUCUCAAAGUUAGCAAGCAGACUGUGGGCUUUUAGUAUCGGUGGGAGCCAGUGUCCGUGUUUACCGCCAGCCGCGUACAGCAGUGCCAGCUUGUGGCCAUGACUGUGAUGUGACUUUCAGUAAUUACCGUUUAUAUCUAAAGCAGUUUAGCUCUUAGGGAAGUAGCUUACGAUGAUUCGGACAAGCAAGGUAGGUAAAUUACAUUUAAAGUGCAAUUAAGGAAACCCUAGAGUAGUGUGCUUUUUCCAGGACAAAAACUUAAGUAUUUGUAGAAUAUCCUAGCAUGGAAAUUUUUCUGAAUGUAGAUAGAAUUUUGAGGAGGUUCAUACAUGUGACUUUUUUGAAGGUUAACUACUGUGUGUUGAUUUAAAAUUUCAAGAAGGAAUAGGAAUGUUCUCUUCAAGGAGAACUGCAUAGUUAAUUUUUUGCUGCUAACUAAGCAUUUAUUUUUCACGGCCAAAAAUGCCUUUUCAGUUAGUUUUGUUAAAAAGAAAGGCCAUUCUUCAAGAUCGAUGACGUUUUCCGGGAUGGAAAAAGAACUAGAUCCAUUGUUGUAAACAAAUACACCUUAAUUGUGCCUUCUCAAGUUAGAGGAAUAGUCAUAACGAGUCAAAAAUUUGAACUAUCUUUUUUCUAAUUCCUCUCCUUUUUCCUUCCAUCUGCCCUUCACAGAUGGUUACUUUGCUUUUUUGCCUGUUUGUUUUCGGGCUCCUGUGGCCAGGCCUUCCCCUGUCAGAAGCUGUUCACUGGAUGUAUUUUUCUAUUCCUUUUACAUUGCUUUACUUUUUAAGUCACUUUGGCAAAACGUUGGCUGCUUUCUCAUGUUUUUAAAAUUAAUAGCAAUCUUUAUAUUUCAGCCCUUUAACAUGUUUGUGAAGGCAAGAAAUAGUGCAGAGCAAAGAACAAAAAUCUAAUUUGGAAUCUGAUUCUCGGUUUGGUUGUGUUUUCUCAUCUACAAAAUGUGGACAAUAACCUACCUCACAGACGUGUGAGAAACUGAAGGCCCUCACUUAAAUACAGGGUUUAUCAUCCUAUUUAAGGUAGGAUCCCUUCCUUUUUUUUAUAGGUAUCUUUGAUACUGAUGGGAUGAGUAUCUUGAUUUUAGCUAAGUCUUAUGUGGUAAGAAAAAAUGUUUAAGACCACAGUUACACCAACAUACCAAAUUAUGGUAUUUUAAGUGACUUAAAAUUUCCUGAAAAUAUCAAAUAUUCAAAUGUCGAAUUUGUCUUUUGUGGCAACAUGUAUUCAGAACUUCUUAAAAUGUUGGCUGAAUCUGCCUUAAUGUACCAAAACACAGCUUUCUUUCAAGACUGUUCACAAAUAUGUAUGGCUAUAUAAUGUUUUGUGUGUUUAAUGUAAAAUUGUUAGAGAACUGUGACCUCUAAGCAUAGUAAUCUAAAAAAUGUUUUAAGAAGAACUCCUGUGUUCUUUGUCAUAUAUGCUGAAAUAUCAUACAGUGGGUUUUAAGUGCAACAAAUAAAACUGAAAGUUGAUAGCCAUUAGGUUAUGACCAUGACAAUCAAGAAAAUACAAGAUUGGCUAUUAUUCCAAAAAAUUUUAAGAGUAUCCUGUGUUCAUUCUUGCCUAGCCUAUCUUUGAAAAAGACAAAAAAAAAAAAAAAAUCCCAUUGACUGACACAUUGACCUGUUGAAGCACUUGGUAACCUAUUAAAAAAUCUUUUUAAAACUGUUGAAAUUGGGAUCAUUUUUUACGAUUUCAGGAAGAAAAAGAAAAAAGCCCUGACUUUGAGUGCUUUUGUGUUUUAAUAACCAGAGAUUCAAAUUUCAGUUUUGUUUGUUAGGUAUUUUUUGUGGGUGUCGAAUGAUCAGUGAGAAGGCUCUGUCUUCCAGUAACCACGUGGUGAAGCUGUCAUCUUGAACUACAUGGCACUUCAUACUUCUGGGUUCUCCCUGAUUCAUAUUUGCACUGUGCGUAUUCACAGGUAACAAACACAAAAGAGAAAAGCAGCCCGAUUGCUUAUAAGCUUUUUUCACAAGAUCAAAUUAAAGUCUCUGGUUAAUGUGAAAGCUGUUUUUGUUUCUGCUCAGUCAUUAAGCUAAUAUUCUACCCAUCAGUUAAUAGUUAGAGAGAAAGCUGUUGAAGGAAAAGAUUGCCUGUGAUUCCUUGAAGAUUUCGUACUACUUUUUGUUGUACAUUGUAGUUUCUAACUUUAGCCACUGUAUUUUCUAUUGAUGCCAUAACAAAUUAUUAUAAACCAGUGACUUAACACCACUUUAAUAUCUUACAGUUCUGUACGUCAGAAGUUUGGUGUUGCUUCUUCAGGUCACACAGGCUGUGACACAAGGUCACAAAAGCACUGGUAGGGUUGGGCUCUGGGGAAUCGUCUGUUUCAAGGCUGCUUCAGAUUUUUGGCAGAAUUUCGGUGCAUGCUGCUAUGGGAUUGAAAUCCCAUUUCUUGUGUGGCUAUUGGCUAGGGAUCAUUCGCAGCUUCUAGAGGCCACCAUCAUUCCCUAGCCUGUGGCUCCCUUUAGCUUCAAGGCCCGCCACAGCGGGGUGGGGGGUGGUGGUUCGUGCUUGAAUCUUCUCCUGCCUCUUCUGUCACUACCUUUCUCUGACUGGCUGGCUCUUCUGCUUUCCUCUUCUUAUUUUAAGGGCCCCUGUGAUGAAAAGUCAACUGGCUAGGGACCUUAAUUUUACAGGAAUAACACCAGUGCAUACAAAUCACAGAGGAAAAAAAUCUGCUAACCCCAACCAUAGGACAGGAAGGGAAAGGACCUCAGUGUAAAAACAACAGAAUUUUACACUAAAGGCUUUGCAGACGUGAGCCUAUGUACUUAAAAUGGUCGCCACUCAUACUUCUCUAAAUGCAACUAUCUGAAAAAUACUGUAUGGUAAUCUGCUUGAAAAACAUGUAAGAUUUCGAUUUGCCUUCUACAAACUUUAAAGAGAUUUGCUUUUAUUAGUUAAAAUGUUUUUGUUUCUUCAAUUGCAUGGGUAUGGAUACUUAUUGUAGGAAAUUUGUAAAGUACAGGAAGUUUGAAGAAGGUGAAAAAAAAAUAAUCCCUACUCUUUUGUCCCCAAAGAAGCACUUCUUAGGAAUUUGUUAUUAUAUAUUCAUUUUUUUCUCUUCCUAUUCUUUCAAAAGUUUUGAAGAUGUACAGGAGAGGGCCUGGUCAAGAGAAAGCUCUGUCCUCUUGGAAGAGCAAGCGUUUCAGAGGUUCUCAAAAGGAGGAAGGGAAGGUCUUGUUGGGGCAGGCAUACACGUUGCUGGAGGCCUGGCCCCUACGUGAAGUUGAGCGUGCCAAUGUUAGCCUCCUUUAAGGUCAAGUACCUUUGGAUGCUGUUGUCUUUAUCUGUGUAUAUAAAAUUAAAAAGUCCAUCUUUCUAUUGAAGUUUUAUGCUAGGUUAGGGUUUGUAGGAGACAGAUGGCAUCUGCUUUGAUAGCAUUGAAGUAUUAGUUACAGUGUUGACCUUAAUAAACCUCAUAGAUAAAUGAGAUACUUGGUUUGAAUGCUGUGAUUUAAAGAAUGGGAGAAAUGUGGCUGAAAUUAGUGAAAUAGAUACAUAACAUUAUGGAUAGAAGCAGUUAUUCUUCCAAAAAACUAUUUCAUAUCAAUAAAUAGUAAUUAGGUAGUAGUUUAUAUUUUAAAAACAGAAAAUAUUCAAUUUACCUAGAACAUCCCAGCCAUUCUUUCAAGUCUUAAGAUUUGAAUGUCAAAACCAUAUUUUUGUUUCUAACAUCUUCUACCUACAGAAAACACCAGGUAUCAAAAUAAUAUGUACACAGUAUUGCACAUUAAGGAUUUUAGAACACAUUUAUAUUAUUGUAUUAAUACGACAGCCUGAUAACACUGUGAAGUACACAGGUUGAGUGUUAUCAGCCUUUUUAAAAUUUAUUUCUGAGAGCGUGUGAGCCAGGGAGGGGCAGAGAGGGAGACAGAGUAGCCCUGUUUUACUGAGGAAAGUGAGGCUCAGAGCUGAGCUACUGAAUCAGAACAAGUGACUGUGUGAUGAGGUGGCAAGAUGGGUACAUGAUUUCUGACUCUUCUGCACAGGAUUGUUGGAGGAGAGGUCUCUGCUCAGCCUCUCACUCACCUCCUUGUCCACAGGCCAUACGUAGCCUCAUCUUCUACAAUGCCCACGGCAAUAGGUCUUUUCCCUGGAGUGUGUGAGAGGGCUGUGCUGGCCUCUCAUGGAGUAGCUGUAAUUCAGGGGGGUCCAAGCAGCAAUGUAUUCCCAGUCUAUGGAUUGAGCCCUUUAUUUCUGCUGUGUUAUUCCUUAUCUCUGUGUUAAGGGUCUCAUACCUUCCAGUCUUCUCUCAAGUCCCGUGAGUAUGCUUAUGAUCAUUGCUUCAUCAGGCAUGUGACUUGUAUCUAUUUUGGUUAGGUUUCCAGCUGUGGCUCGUCUCGGUUCUUUCAUUUGGGAAAAAUUCUUGCGACGUCUCCUGGUCUUCAGCCUAAUAGCUUUGUGAAGAAGGGGGCCUCUCGUGCCCUUCCAGGAGGGUCACUGCUGUGUACUGUGUGUGCCCGGGCUGCUUUAUCCUUCAGGCCAGUAGUCUGCAGAGGCUCUUUGCCUGUUGCGGGCAGUGUCCCAGGCCAGAAUGUGGUGUGUUUUAACUAAGUCGUCUGCCACUGGAACCAAGGCCACACAAAACUCCCAGGUUGGAAUGGGCUGGAGACGUGGUGUCGCCAGGGGUUUGGGCCCGGCUCCUGGGGGAGGGAGCCGGCCGCACGGCCUGAAGCAAGCUGACUGGGAAAGUAGUUCUUCUAGAACAUGGGGAGGUGGGGCUCGGUGUUGUCAGCAAGUGAGGUAGUGAGUGUGGCACUGUGCUAAUUCCUGCAGGUGGCCCUACCCACUGUAGCGACCGCGAUCCAUUUGUCUCUGGCCCUUCCCACCUUCUUUGACGUGGCCUCUUCUCCACCUUUAGUUGGGGAGUUUGUUCUGCCAGUCUUCAGAGUGAUUUCUGGAGUAUUUAGGAUGAUUUGAUGGGAGGAGGUACGCCUAGAGUAUUCCUACCCUGCCGCCACAUUCCCCUUUCCUCUAAUGGAUACUUUUUAUGCUUGGCCUUUGUUGGUGAGUGCCAUUUGGAACAUGAGAAAGAAGAUAAAAGAACCUAGAAGCUUAAAAAAAUAGUUUCACAGUAUAAAGAAUUAGGUCAUGAGACAAAUUCCAUUACACCCUUGAAGACUAGACUCAGCCUGUCUAAACAAUCGAGCAGAAUUGUUCGGUUGUUCAGGGCUGAAGAAGCCACUUAAAACAGCUGUAUGCCUAUGUACAAUUUAUCUCAUGGACAGGCAGUGCACAUCAUGUAAAAACAAAGAAAGUGGAACUGUAAAUAACAUUAAUUCUAUUUGAAUAGGUAUUUAGGCAUAGAAUUAUUUUUCUUACUUGAAUGACAGGAUGUUUUAAACUGACAGCAUAUAUAUAUAUAUAUAUAUAUAAAAUUGUGUUAAUUUAGGCUCUUCCUUUAGGAAUAAAUUGCUUUUUAGCAUUCUGUUCCCAAAGGAAGCCAAUAUUGAAUAGCAUUUGUCUGAUUUUGGUUUUCUGAUAAAGCAGAAGGACACUUACUUUUACCUUGAUUUUUUUUUUUUCUAAAGCCUGAGCCAUAAUUACAUUCAAGAUUAUACCUUAAAUCUAAGUAUUUAAAAGACCUUGGUUACAUUAUUUAUUUUUCAGAAUUAAAUUACAUGCAAUUUAAAUG